CCGGUGUCAAAGGUGGAAACAAAAUGGCGGCAUCCAAGAUGAAACACGCCAGGAGUCAGCCUUGUAUCAUUCCUGGAGGAUUUGCAGUGUUGCCCAUACAGUUCAGUUCUGAUAGUGGCGCACAACAUAAGCUGUACGUGAAGGAGCACAAAGUACGAGCAGAGAAGAGUUCACACAGACCACUGGACCGGACUUUAUUUGUCCUCAACAUUCCCCCAUACUGUUCACAGGCUGUUGUCAAAGAGUUAUUCUCACAGUUUGGCUGUGUUCAUUCUGUGGAGCUCAGAGACCACCCAGGCUCCUCUCACGAGUCUGGACCCAAGUUGUCCAAGUUCUUCAAACCAGCAGAAAAGAAGGGUUUCAAAGUGGGCUAUAUUGUGUUCCAGAAGUCUCGCAGCCUAAAGGCAGCUAAAUCACAUCCACAUAAUGAGCCACUGGUUGUUUGCACAGAGGAGCAUCCAGUAAAGACAGGAGUACAGAAAUGGAUUCAGCAGUACAGAGAGUCUUUCAUUCAACCAGAGAAACUGCAGGAAAUUGUUGACUCCUUUAUGGAGGAUUAUGAUAACCGUAAAGAAAAGGAAGAGGAGCAACAGAGAAAAGAGGCUGAGCUGCAGCAAGAGGACGAAGAGGGCUGGGUGAAAGUCACAAAAGGACACAAGGGCGUCAAGGCCCGUCCUCACAGUGAAGCAGCCAACAAGAGAACUCUACACAAAGAGAUGAGGAAGAAAAAGAGGAAGGAGCUCAUGAACUUCUACACUUGGCAGCACAAGAACACACAGAAAGAACAUAUUGCUGAACUAAGGAAAAAGUUUGAAGAGGACAAACAGAGGAUAGCUCUGCUGAGAGCACAAAGAAAAUUCAAACCUUACUGAGUCAACAAUAUUUGUUCAUUUCAAUCACGUUUGUGUGUUUGCUACUAACCUUUUAUUUAAAAAGGAGCAUUUGUGUUAAUAAACUAUUCUGAUGAA